AUGUGUCCAAUAUUGAUAGUGUUGGAUAGUUUGAUGUCUAAAGAGACUCUGAUGAGAAAUGCACACAAAUUGAAAUUAAUGUCGGUUGAACUGAGUAAAGUCUGGAUUAGCAAUGACCUGACAUCUGGGCAGAGAAGUGAAUUAAAGAAACUGAGUCAGAGGUUCUGUGGGAAGAUGGCAGGUUGUGAAGUUCAGAAAUUAACUGAUGAGGGUGUUGUUGACGGGAGGGCCAGUCGGAAGAUGAUUCAUGCUACAGCUCAAAAAUUAACCAUGAAAAAUUACAAUGAUUUAAAAAUUGGCCUGGGGCUCCUCAACAUAAGAUCUAUAAUGUCAAAGUAUGAAAUGGUCUGUGAUAUAAUUUGUGGAGUAUUGGAUAUCCUUGUAUUAAGCGAAACUUGGUAUGGGUUGUCAGAUGAGUUUGCUGUUCGAUGCGCGAUGAGGGGGGGUUAUAAGUUUGUAGAUUACGUUAGACCUCACGAUCCAUAUCAUGGCGGAAUUAUAAUUUAUUUCAAGAAAUUAUAA